AACACCUAUUUAUCAUUUUUACCCCAAUAUGUACUUGUUCGUAAUUCGCGAGUUGCAAUAUUCAUCUGAAGUUAAUUACAUUAUCGAUAGCAAAGGGGGGAGUGUCAGUUAAACAUGGCUACAUGGGCAGACGACAGGUUUGGAAUGGAUGAUGCAGACAAAUCCGAUACAUCGCUGGAUAACAUAUUAUUGUCCGAUGACAUACAGGAGUGUAUUAAUGAUUUUGACAUCCCAGUCAUGGGCAAAGUAUUUGAACAACUGCCAGUAUAUACGACUUCAAAACUGUCAGAUGAAAAUACUCCGGAGUCCUCUACUUACCUCGGCCAGUUACACUCAAACGAUGAAAACGCUGGGUAUAUUCAUCAUACCAUCAGCUCUGAUCAAAUAUACAUGCAUAUCAACCCAGGAAAUUCCGGAAAAAUGCCAGAGCAUCCAUCUCAUGCUACUAUAACAAUAGAAUCCACAGAUCCUGCCACAAACAGGAGAGAAAUUAAAAGGUAUCAUUGCGAAUAUGACGGAUGUAGCCGUACAUAUAGUACUGUUGGCAACCUCCGUACUCAUAUGAAAACUCACAAAGGGGAGUACAGAUUCAAAUGUUCAGAGCCUAGUUGUGGAAAGGCUUUCCUUACAUCCUAUAGUUUGAAGAUACAUAUUCGUGUACACACAAAGAUAAAACCAUUUGAAUGUAAUCAUGAUGGCUGUGAAAAAGCUUUCAAUACUCUAUACAGACUGAAAGCACACCAAAGACUCCACAGUGGAAAUACCUUUAAUUGUGGCAGUGAAGGUUGCCUAAAAUUCUUCACCACCUUAAGCGACCUUAAGAAACAUGUACGGACUCAUACACAGGAGCGGCCAUACAAGUGCCCUGAGGAUGGAUGCGGAAAGGCGUUCACAGCAAGUCAUCACCUUAAAACUCACAGUCGCACCCACAGUGGGGAACGUCCAUAUGCGUGUGAACAGUGGGAUUGUGGUCGUGCAUUCUCCACUCCGCAUAGCCUGAAGUCACAUUCUAGGACUCAUGUGCAGCAACGAUGGGAAAUUGACACUGGUGAAGGGAAUAGGAACAAAGACUGUAACAACAACCAGGCUACAAGCAAUGAAAGAAGUAGUGAUCUGAUGGGAGAAAUGUCUACCACAGACGAGAGUAAUCAGAAUGCAAUCUCUGUGGCCAAUGAGGCAGAAAGUGAUAGACUACUCAAGUUCCACCAUACUGGCAGUGAGCGAAUGGAAAUUCAACCUUCUCAGGAAUGCAGUAGUAGUACCAGUUCACUAAAAGUACCAGGUGUAAUUCACAGUGAAGAUCAGACCAUACCUGCAAUCAUAAGUGUGUCAUCUACCGGCCAUCUAGAAGGAAUACAGCUUACUGGUUGGAGCACAAGUUCUGAACAUUUGCGCGAAAUGGAGCGUACACAGCAACUGAAUGUGUUUCCAUUUACCGCAUCACAAAAUGAAGUGACAGUACUUGAUAGUGAAAAUGGUGUACCACUAGCAACAUUUGAGCCCUGUGCUACAGUUGACAACAUUGGCAAACCAGAUUCUGCAAUAGUCCCUGCAGACACUCUUGAAUGCACAGAUAACACACCAGCAGUUUCAACAUCUUCUCAAAAUGACACUCAGUGUCAGAAUGUUUCUGACUUAAACUCCUCUAGGGAUAAAGACAAUCCCCAAACAUGGAUAGAUAUUAUGGAGUGCUCAUCUCUCGUUUCGUCUGUAACAAAUAAUCCUACAGAAACUGAACAAUUUUCAGAAAAUUUCUCACGGCCUGUCUGGUCCACAAAUGUUGUAACAGAAGCAGACUCAUCUGUUAACAUGAUUGACGUGAAUCAUAGUACAAAUUUUUCUUCAGAUGUUGAGAAAUCAACAGGUGGUACAGCCAGAAAUAUACUGAAAGACAUUGCUGCGGGGGCUGAUAUUUGCAAAUGCAACCCCUGUAGGUGUGACCCAUCUGUACAGGAAUGUCAGAACUGUGCAUCUGAAGCUGACAGUUCCAGUUUGAAUCCUUGUUGUGAUACUGAUAAGGAAAAUUGGCUUACUGGCGACCUAGAAAACAACCAUUCUGCUGACAUUAAUCUCACCCCAUUUGUCAAUAGAACUUCAGAUGACAAUAGAGUUACAUCCGAUGUGCCAAAUGAGCAAAUUACUACUGAUGGGAACGAAAUAUUUCAAGACCCAUCCCGAGGUGAUUUUGCAAACUUUUUGGAAGGAGCUUCAGAGAAUUGUGAAAAUGACACUGAAGACAACUGCACACACACAGAUGAUCAUAUUGAAAAUUCUGAAAUUGAGCAAUCAGUGUCUGUCAGUGCAGCAGCAACAGACACCUCAGUCUUAAAUAGCAGUAGUGUUUCUUCAAACUUUGACAUAGAGAACAUCAUCUCUGAAGCCACAUCAACAGGAGUUGAAGACUGGCAGACUACGGUGAUGCCAGAAAGUCAUCCAGCAGUUCUCAGUAUUGAUGACCUUGUGCCAGACAGUGGGGUCACACAUACUCUAGAAAAUCAGUGGCAGCAUGGACCUGAACAAACAGCCACUUGUAGUGCUGAAGCAAGCAGAUUACUGCCAGCCACCAGUAAUGAGAAAGAUAAAACUCAGCUUGAGAAUGACCCUGCUCACUAUAAUGACAAUGCAAUAUUGGUCAGCAGUGACGGGCUGGAAGAAUUGAAUUUUCUCUUGGAGCAUGCUGGUCAUAAUUUGGGUCUUGAUGAUGCACAUCAUCACGUAUCAUCAACAGCUGAACAAUGCAAUGCAGAAACAGUUCAAACAGGUAUGAAUGCCAUUGCUGGUGCAAUUAGUGACAACACCGUUAGUUGUACCUGCUGCAGAUCUAGUAAGGAUAACUCAAAUGAAAAUGAAAAUCAUUCAACACCAGACAUCAGUCACAAAGGCUCCUGUUGUGUAAUGUUAUGUUUAAAAACAUUUCAUGAGUUUCAAAAGGUUCUGCAAAGUGGGUGUACAGGUGCAAGAAACUCCUUACGUGCUGCACUCUCUCUGCACUUGGAUGCUGCUGGUGAUGGUGAUAGUAAUUCCAGUGGUAAUGGAAACAGCUGCUGUUCAACACAGAAAACCAAGUUUCAGUGAAUGAUGUUGGUACUGUUAAUUAGUCAUACGACUCUGUGUCCAGCACAAGUAGAUGACCAUCUUGUAACUGUGUCAAGCUGGAUUCGAAAGAUUUUUUAUAUGUGGAGAGAGAAAAGAAAUAUCAGUGAGAUGCCAUAUUAUUAGAGAUUAAGAUAUGAGAAAGAACUCGAUUUAACUCGCAGCAGAAUUUUUGUUAUUUAUGUCUCACAUCCAGUAUGUUCAUAGCUUCAGUGUUGAUCUUUCUGUUGAUGCAAUUGUGAUCUCAGUACUAGCACACAGGUGACAAAGGUACAAACAGUGCUGCUGCCGAUUU